CUGUCUGAUUGUGUGGGCAGGUUUUUCAGACAGUUUAUUCUUCUCAUCUGCAUUCACCAGAUGUCCUUAGGACUCUUUCGCUUUAUGGCUGCACUAGGAAGAGACAUGAUAGUUGCAAACACCUUUGGAGCAUUCACAAUACUUGCUGUACUUGUCCUAGGAGGAUUCAUUCUAUCAAGAGAUGACAUCAAAGCUUGGUGGAUAUGGGGUUACUGGAUCUCACCUUUGAUGUACGGGCAGAAUGCUAUUUCUGUAAAUGAAUUUCUAGGAAACAGUUGGAGACAUGUUCCUGAAGGUUUCAGGGAGCCACUAGGUGUUUCAGUCUUAAAGUCUCGUGGUGUUUUUCCAGAAGCACGGUGGUAUUGGAUAGGAGUAGGAGCCGUUUUUGGAUAUGUGUUCCUCUUCAAUUUCCUGAACACUUUGGCUCUUACAUACCUCAACCCAAUCGGAAAACAUCAGGCGGUACUAUCUUUAGAAGAAAAGCCCAACAAUAGUGCUGAAACCAGUACAGAUGCUCCAAAAAGCAUGUCAUCCAGGUUGAAGUCUCCUGGAAUAGGCAAUCCUGAUGAAGGUGAUAGAAGCAAGAAGAAGGGAAUGGUUAUUCCCUUUGAACCUCUUGCUAUGACCUUCAACGAUUUAAGAUAUGCAGUAGAUAUGCCGCAGGAAAUGAAAACUCGUGGUAUAUCUGAGGAUCGGCUACUUCUCUUGAAGGGUGUCAGUGGAGCUUUUAGACCAGGGAUUCUAACAGCUUUAAUGGGCGUUAGUGGGGCUGGAAAAACUACCCUGAUGGAUGUAUUAGCCGGUAGAAAAACAGGAGGAUAUAUUGAAGGAACAAUUACUAUAUCAGGUUAUCCAAAGAAACAAGAAACAUUCACUCGUGUAGCAGGAUACUGUGAGCAAUUUGACAUUCACUCUCCUCAUGUUACUGUCCACGAGUCCUUGCAAUACUCAGCAUGGCUUCGACUGCCUCCUGACAUCGAUGCUGAAGCCAGAAAGACAUUCAUUGAAGAAGUCAUGAAGCUCGUGGAGCUGACUCCACUUAGAGAAGCACUAGUUGGUUUGCCAGGAGUAAAUGGUCUUUCAACUGAGCAACGAAAGAGGUUAACUAUUGCGGUUGAACUAGUGGCCAAUCCAUCCAUAAUAUUCAUGGAUGAGCCAACUUCAGGGCUGGAUGCAAGGGCAGCUGCCAUAGUGAUGAGAACAGUAAGAAACACGGUUGAUACAGGCCGAACUGUUGUGUGCACUAUCCAUCAGCCAAGCAUUGACAUCUUUGAUGCUUUUGAUGAGCUGAUUCUCCUAAAACGAGGAGGAGAAGAAAUAUACGUUGGCCAACUAGGACGCCAUUCAUCUAAUCUCAUCAAAUACUUUGAGGGGAUUAAUCGAGUCAGCAAAAUAAAAGAUGGUUAUAACCCUGCGACUUGGAUGUUGGAGGUGACAUCAAUUGCACAGGAAGCAGCUCUUGGAAUUGAUUUCGCACAGCUGUACAAGAACUCUGAACUGUAUAGGAGGAACAAAGCAUUAAUAGAGGAACUAAGUAAACCUGCCCCUGGUUCUAAAGAAUUAUACUUCCCUACUCAGUAUCCCCAGCCCUUUUACAACCAAUUCCUUGCUAGCCUCUGGAAGCAGCACUGGUCAUACUGGCGAAAUCCACGAUACUCAGCAGUCAGACUUUUUUACACAGUAAUCAUUGCCUUAAUGUUUGGAACAAUAUUCUGGGAUCUUGGCACUAAAAGGAAAAAAAGACAAGAUCUCUUUAACGCAAUGGGCUCCAUGUAUGCGGCCGUUCUGUUUAUCGGUAUACUAAAUUCUACAUCAGUUCAACCAAUUGUAGCCACUGAGAGAACAGUCCUUUACAGGGAAAGAGCUGCCGGAAUGUAUUCGGCUGUGCCACAUGCUCUUGCACAGAUGGUGAUUGAGCUGCCUUACAUUCUCGUUCAAGCAUUCAGCUAUGGAGCUAUUGUAUAUGCAAUGAUUGGAUUCGAAUGGACAGCUACCAAGUUCUUUUGGUAUCUGUUUUUCAUGUAUAUUACCUUGUUAUACUACACAUUCUAUGGGAUGAUGUCAGUGGCGGUAACACCCAACCAGAAUAUUGCUGCAGUAGUUUCAUCAGCCUUUUACGCAAUAUGGAACCUUUUCUCAGGAUUUAUAAUUCCUCGAACGAGAAUUCCAGUGUGGUGGAGGUGGUACUAUUACCUCUGUCCUGUCUCCUGGACUUUGUAUGGCUUAGUUGCUUCACAAUUCGGAGACAUAAAAGAGGAGCUUGAUACAGGUGAAAGAGUGGAAGACUUCAUUAGGAGCUACUUCGGAUUCAGACAUGACUUCUUGGGUUAUGUUGCAGUAAUCAUUGUUGGAUUUGCAGUGCUUUUCGGCUUCGCAUUUGCCAUCUCCAUCAAGCUAUUUAACUUCCAGAAAAGGUAGAGAGUUAAAAGAGUUGAGGUAACUCCCCCACAGCUUGACAUUUGUUGAACAGGUUUUGCUCGUACUUGAAAUGGUUGUUGGUAAAGAAAUGAAAGAGCAAUGAAUGGCACUGACGUAGCAAAUCUAAUACAAUUGGAGAAAAAGUUUCUUCUGCUUUAA